AUGAAUUGUGGUUUCAACCAUUCUGACUGUGAAGCUGGCCUCAUUGUAGGUAAGUGCAAUAUCCUCCUGGGAACCAAGGGAAAUAAAAUUUCUUCCAAAUUCUUUUUUGUGUGAUUUCCUACCUAGGAAGUCCCCAGCAUCCCAGCCAAUCACAUUACAUAUCAGUGGAAAGCCCAGGAUGCCCUCUUUACAAUACAGCAGGGAUUGAUAGAGUAGCUCAAACAAAUAAAAGGAGAUGCAUGUGAACAAAAAGUCCAGUACGGAGGACACGUGUUAAUGGGCUGGUUAUCAGGAGGAUAUAGUGUUUAGAGUAACAGAAAGGGAUAAAAUGGCUAAAAAUAAGUGAACACAAAGUUAAAGGAAUACAACAUUUAUAUUAAUAAGACAAAUUUGGUAUUGUUUAAUUUGAAUUAAAAUUGUUUAUAGGGAAUAGGACUACUUGCGACCUCUAUAUACAAAACUACAGACGAGAUAGGAUUUUCACAGUAUGUUGCAGGAUCUAAGAGCCUCUGUGGAAAGCAGAAAUCAAAAUAAUAUCAAUACUUAUUGUAUCCCAGAACGAGCCUGAGCAGAGGAGAUAUUCUUGCUGCUUCUUUGGUUUCAGGAGUUCACACAGGUUAUGACGCUGAUGUCAUCUCCGCAUGCUGUCCUGCAGUUCCUUUGGCUGACUGCUGGGAAGAGAGGACCUGCCUCUGUGGGCGCUGGGCGAGAAGGGGAAUGAGCACUUUUCCUUGUCGCCCAAGUACUCCUACUGAAUCAACAACAUUACAGAGUUCCAGCAGUGCCACCACUCCCCUGUCUGUCUUCCCGAGACCAUAGCGUCGGCGGGCUUAUGGGAAAUCCAGCCCUACUCAGGACAUACUAUUUCUCUCAAUAGGCAGUGAUAGGCCGAGUGCAUCACCGGCUGGAGUGUUAGGCGCAUGGGGGGGGACUUCCCGGUUAAACCUUGGAAGAGGUUUUAACCCCUGGAGGUAAAACGCUGCCCGGACACUCCAGCCCCAUAACAUCUUCAAUAAUCUGUAGCUGUUAUGGGAGUUGGAUUGAUUUUUUUUUUUUAACAGUUUAGCAGUGUUAUUUAGAAACACAAUUUUCUAUUGUUUGGUGCAAUAUGUAUUCUUGAUUUUAUAUAUACUGACUUCACAGUCAUUUCCAAAGGCAAUUUUAAUUCAGACACAUGACUGCACUGUUCCCAAGCCUCCCAUUUAAAAUAACAGAUUUCAUUACUUCAUUAUUUUGCCUCUGAUCUAACUAACAGAUAUAGCAGUCCAAUAGUUUGGUUCCCAGUGCAUUAGGCAUCAGGAACCCCUUUCAUAUGCUCAACUUCUGAGGUUCAGGUUGUUCUAGAAGUUGGUCAGUAAAGUAACUGACAAUUGUGAUCAGAGCAGGUUUAACCUUAAGGAGACCCUACGCAGUUGACUAGGGCCCAGGGUGAGACAGAUGCCCUGGAACCAUAAAUGUGCUUGGCCCUAAAUGACCCCAAAUGGUAACCUAUCUAGGGACUUGUGGUAUCUUAGUCCUUUCCCGUCUGUGACAGCACUGAAAGAAAAGUUGGAAAAAACUGACAAGCAGAGGUGAGUGCAUUGGGUAUAGUCCCACCACCAGAAAGUCCAGGGAGCAAGAGGGGGGGGGACGUACGGUUUAAAAUGAUAUUAAUUGUCCUUGUACCUCUUAUCACCGAAAUCUUUUAGAGGGCAUUGUAUGCAGUCAGGACACGUUACACAUGCAGUGUGCAAUGGGAAUAUUUUUUUAUGAUAUCUUAUUUAUAUAAAUUAUUGCAAUGUGAAGAUCAAAUCUGUUAAUCUGUUUCAAAUUAUUUGAACUUCCCAUGAAAUUAUUUCCCUGAAACCUACCCUGAUGAGAGAAUAGUAAAAUGUGAUGGUUUUUACUUUUCAUCUAAAUAAUGCACCUAUGUAACACAUUCAUGUAUGAGCUGAUCACAUGUUGGUUUCUCUUGCUACAGACAACAGUAGUAAUAUUUGUUAUAUGGAAAUGGAAAAUACGAAGGGGAAUGAGGAUGACUUGAAUAGCUGGAGACGGUGUGUGAAAGUGGAGUGGGGCUCAUUUGGUGAUUACGGAGAUCUUCAAUCUAUCUCUACAAUAUACGAUCAAAAAGUAGAUAAGGAGUCUGAGAAACGAGGAAUUCAGUGGUGAGAUUGCCAAUGAUAUUAUAAUUUGGGAAGUUUUUGUGAAGUUUGAGACAAUUACCUUAGAAAUACCACUUAAAAGGACCCCCUGGGCACCAUGAAAACAUCAUCAGAAUUAAGUUGUUAUUGUGUAGGGUUACAGUUCACAAAUGGUUUAACCCUAAAGUUUUUAAUCCAGCGUUCUUUAGCUUGACCCCUGCCCUUCAACUGCUCUCUGAUUUUGAAACAGGAAGCCUCAAACUGCCUCGGACAGGGAUGCUGCUAAUUGACUGACAGCAUCAGCUGAUCAGUAAUUUCCCAUUCACAAAACAGCUUGAGAAUAAUACAAAGCCAUUUUUAUCAAUGGGGAACUACUGACUGGCUUAGAACAUCAGCUGACACUACCAACCAACCAGCAGUGCCCCUAUUUGAUGGUUAGAGAUACAGUGGAAGGCUUGGGACAGAGCUAAAUAGUCCUGUAUGCAAAACUUUGGAAUUCGGGGUUCAUGAAUGGUUUAACCCUUAAAGGUAAUCUGGCCCGAGGGACCUCCUGCACCAUAACAACUUAAUUCAAUGGAGUGUUUCUGUAUUUUGCAAAAAUGCUCAUCUUGUUUGUCAUGUUUAGAGUUAUUUAGAGUUAUUAUUUAAACCCCUAGACAAUUUAAAGUCAUAAAUGUAAUUUGGGAGCAAGUGUUUUGUCUGGUACACCAUUCGGUUACACUGCUGGCAUGUAGGUCACUUGCUGUGACUACCUGUAAAUAAAUUACACACUUUAAAUGAGAAUUUACAUAGUGACCUGUUUUUUGCAUUAAUGUUCUUUGAUGUUAAUUUAUUACACCCGUUAAAGAAGUUAUGUCCUGUAGCUUCGAAUAGAAGCGCAAGGAAGGCAAGUGAAUACAUUUGCAGGAUUUGCAAGGAAGAACCCCAGAAGAUAUAAAGUGGAGUUUUACAGCAGAAAAAAAAUAUGUUUAACUAUAGGAAUAAUAAAGCCAAAAAAUGUAAAAAAAUCAUAAAGUUAGUUUAAUGCACUUUGGGGUUAACUGGAUGGCCACUGAUUGGAUGAGACCAUCAUUAGUCAUUAAAUGCUAGUUUGCAGCAAAAUUAAAACCAAAUUGCAAACCUAAUGGCUUAUCGGGAGCCUAUAAACAGCUGAUAAAUGAAUGAUAAUGAUAAUCAGCUAGAAUGUAAGUGAGGUCAUUUUCAGUAGUGGCAAUAUAUUACUUUAUCUAUUGAUAUCAUAUACAUACUUCCCCAGUGUAAAACAUCUAUCAUGUCAUAUUGGAUGGUAGCCCUCACUGCUUUUCAUACCUCAUGCAGUUUUGAAAAGAUGGUCAGUCUGACGUAUGUUGGAGAAAUAGUGCGUCAUGUUUUGCUUGCCAACGACCAGCUGAUACUACAUGAUGGAAACCAUUCUAAGCUGCAAGAGAAGUAUUGUCUUAAACCUGGUGAUAUUUUAAAAAUUAGCAAGUAAGUACUCAGUCUCAUUCCUCUGAAUCAUAGUAUGUUAUUAAACGCACACACUUGGCACCACAACAACCUUUACUCAAUGUUUAGGUUAUGAGACUUACUUAUAACUGAAGCUGUAGGUUUGCUGCUUUGGUCUCAAACUUUAGAGGAGCAAACAACAUUUCUGUACAAAUAUUUAUACUCUGUUCAAAUAGAAUUUCAAAUUUAAGGCCAAAGUAACUGAACUGGAGGCAUAGCUGACUUGAACAAGCUAAAUGUAGAAAAGCUAAAUGUCAAAUUACAAUAUAUCCAGUUUAGCGAUUUGUAUAUGUGAGUAAAUAUAUCGGCAAUAAUACAAAGUAAACAUCUAAACAUGAAAACCAUUUAAAGAUACAAGUUCUUCGAUACUCCAAUACAUCAGGCAUAAAGGUGCCCCAAGAAUUAGGCACACACAACCUUCCCAUGCAUGGAGGUGGAGGGUUGUCAUCAAUUAUGUGUUGCCACCAAGCGACUCACUUAUUGAGUGUGAUUGACUGGCAUGUGUCAUCUACCCAGAAAUUGUGAAUAGAUCUGGAGAAAAGACAGGCAAUGGGACAGAUUCCCUCUGUGGUUUGGGGAUCAGACUGCCUUAUGAGGCCUAAAGCUGAGCAACCCAUGUACAUGAGCUAUGAUUAAAAUAUGGUGAACAAUCCGGUUCCCUGUUCAACUAUCUACGACACCCAUUUCACUUACACCAAUAAAACAUAACCUGGACAUUGCAGGUGGGCUCAUACCCACUGAACCUUAGGCAUUGGGAACGUCAGAUUGGACCUACAACAGACAAUGGUGUAAUCCAGAUGAGCUGACACCCCUUGCUGACCAUGAUAGAUGGCAUUCCAAAGGGCAAUAUAUAAAUAUAGAUAUCAUCAAAUCUGAAGGUUCUAAGACUCAACUCCAAAUAAAAAAAAUUAAUAGGGAUCAGACCCAAAUUUGGACAUUCUGUUCCUCCUGAGAGCAUGUGAUUAGGUGUAUAUUCACCCUACAUGCCCUCCUGAAAAAUACCAUACCAGGACUAUCUCUGAAAUUAACCACACGCUGGGAGUUGGAUGUGAACCAGCAGUUGACGGAAUGAAAAUGGGAGAUUUUCAUCCUAAUGCACCAAGGCUCUAUAUGCUCUAAGAUGCAGGAGAAGGGAUACAAGCUAUUGACACAUUCAUUGUUGAUGGAGAUGUGUAUGUGUGGGGGGGAAUGGAACAGGCUUUUACAUUUGGUUAACAUACCCUCAGUUAAUUCUCUACUGGAAACAGAGUCAUGCCACAAUCUCAUUGAUUUGCAUUUCUGUCCCCUACCCAAAUUGUUAUAUCACACUAUACUCCCUAUCUCAAAAUAUUAAAAGGCACUCACACUUCUAAAUGCAGUGAAAUUACUUAUCCCUCUGUUUUAAAAAUGGAGAGAGGUGCCUACCCUCCAGCAAUGAGUGACAAAAGUGGAAAAAAUCAGUAGCAUGGAAUCACUAACCACACAACUAAUAUGCCACACUGACAGAUAUAUGCAAAAUUAAAGUCCUUUGAUGGAAAAUGUAGACAUUGGACUUACUUAAAAUAACAAGUGCCCCUCCCAGGGACUUAAGAUAAGAAUACACCAUGAAAAUGUUAAUUUGUGUCUUCCUCUCCUCCCUCUGAUCUCCUGCUUCCCAUUUCCACUCUUACCAAUUGUAUACAAAGGGAUAUUUGGCCAGAUGGUUUAGACAGCUGAUUGCCCUCAAAGCAGUGUUAAAAUACAUAACUGGUUGCUAACCAUUCACAAGCCUUCACAAUUCCUUAUGUUCCAUCAUUGUUAAUCCCGCUAAUCCCAUUCAAUGAGACUGAAUGUUCAUUUACCAUGUCUGAAACAGAAUAUUAAAGGAAUACACAUUUCCCUGACCCUAUAGUGUUAAAACACUAUCUAGCUCCCCUUGCCUCUCUAAAUGUAGUAAAACCUUACCUUUAUUCUAGACUGCUGGUUCUGGCUCUGCCCGUGAUCUGCCUCCUUAGCUGACAUCACCAGAAGUGAUGAUCUCAGCCAGUCACAAUGCUUUCCCAUAGGAUUAACUAAGCUGGUCAAUUCUGAUGAUCUCAGUCAAGGAGGAGGGCCAGGGUGGCAAAACCAAACGCCGCCUGUCCAAUCAGCAACUCCUCAUUGAGAUGCAUUGAAUCAAUGUGGAGACACUGAAUGUCAGUGAUGCACAAUGUGCAGCACUGCCCCAGGAAGCACUGCUCUGAAAAGGCAGUGCUUAUACUAAUAUGCCUACAGGGACUGACUGUACUCAUCAGAACAACUACACAAAGCUAUAGUGGUUCUGGUGACUAUAGUGUCUCUUUAACAUCAACUUGGUUUUCUGUUGUCAACAUGAAAGUAUAACGAUCUAACCUUAAAUGAUGCUAAUAUGGAACCUUUUCCUUUGAAGAUCUAAAAUAAAGAUUGUGGGGAAGAAAAUAUACAAGCUCUUGUAAUUUUGCAAUGAGUUUAGGGUUACUGUUGUAAGGAAUUAUUGCAUAGGAACUAUCAGUAGAUUAGGUUUUGGCAAUAGUGGUAGGUGAACUUUGACGAAGGACUCAAAGCAUAAACAAGGUGGUAUAUUCAAAGAUUUUAAUUCAGUUUUUGUUGUUUGGAAGCUUUAUGAUAAGCAAUGUAUGACUCAUCUACUUUAAAAUAUAUUCCUGUAUGUUCUUCCUAAGAGUGUGCAGUUUCCAUUCAGUCCAUUUAAACCUAUGUGUUUUAGAUUGCUUUCAAAAAGCAUAAAGUUUAUCUAUUGUUAAAACAGAACUCAUUUACACGUAGACUUUAGCAUUCCAUUUCAGAAGAAUUGCAAUUGGCUCAUCCGACCAUUCCUGCCUGAACUCCGAAUCUCUAAAUGGCACAAUGGAGAAAUGAACUAAUCAUACAAUUAACUACAUUCUUCCAUGCGCAAUUCGUUUAUUCAUGCAUUCAUGUACAUUCAUAGCAAAUUAAAGAACUAACCACUAAAAAGCUGAAUAAACAAUAUUAGGAAAAUGGCUUUUCUUAAUUUUGAACUUUUAGUUGUUUAGAAGAUGACUCUCUAAUUUGGUAUCUUUAUGAGGGAUUGACAUAUUAAAGGAUACUGAAAUUAGGAGUUAGUUACUAAACGGUUGAAAGGACAAAAUUAAGAAAAGGGCUUUUAUUCAUUUUGAUUGUUAAGCUGUUUGGAAGAUAGCUUUGGUAUCCUGUGUAUAUCAUAUACAUUCUAUAUACAUGUAGCACAUGCAUUGUACAUACAUGCAGGCUAGAUACUGGGCCAUGGCAAGCAGAAAAGAACUGUCAAAAGACCUGCGUAACAAGGUAAUGGAACUUUAUAAAGAUGGAAAAGGAUAUAAAAAGAUAUGCAAAGCCUUUAAAAUGCCAGUCAGUACUGUUUAAUCACUUACGAAGACGUCAGCAAGACCAAGAAAGAUUUCAGCCACACUGCUAGAAGAAUUGUUUGGGAUACAAAGAAAAACCCACAGACAACCUCAGGAGAAAUACAGACUGAUCUGGAAAAAGAUGAUGUGGUCGUUUCAAGGAGCACAAUACGACGGUACUUGAACAAAAAUGAGCUGCAUUGUCGAGUCGUCAAAAAGAAACCUUUACUGCGCCAAUGCCACAAAAAAGCCCAGUUAGAGUAUGCCCAACAACACCUUGACACACCUCACAGCUUCUGGCACACUGUAAUUUAGAGUAACGAGACUAAAAUAUAGCUUUAUGGUCAUAACCAUAAGCGCUAUGUUUGUAGAGGGGUCAGCAAGGCCUAUAGUGAAAAGAAUACCAUCCCCACUGUGAAGCAUGGUGGUGGCUCACUGAUGUUUUUGGGGGGGUGAGCUCUAAAGGCAUAGGGAAUAUUGUAAAAAUCGAUGGCAAGAUGAAUGCAGCUUGUUAUCAGAAAAUACUGGCAGUCAGUUUGCAUUCUUCUGCAUGAAGGCUGCGCAUGGAACGUUCUUGGACUUUCCAGCAUGACAAUGACCGUAAGCACAAGGCCAAGUUGACCCUCCAGUGAUUACAGCAGAAAAAGGUGAAGGUUCUGAAGUGGCCAUCACAGUCUCCUGACCUUAAUCAUCGAGCCACACUAUGGAGAUCUCAAACGUGCGGUUCAUGCAUGACGACCAAAGACUUUGGCAAUUUGCCAAGACGAAUGGGCAGCUAUACCACCUGAAAGAAUUAGGGGCCUCAUAGACAACUAUUGCAAAAGACUGCACGCUGUUAUUGAUGCUAAAGGGGGCAAUACACAGUAUUAAGAAACUAAAGUUAUGCAGACUUUUAAAUGGGGUUCAUUUCAUUUUUGUCUUUGUUGCCAUGUUUUGUUUUAUUAUUAUUAUUAAUUAUAAAGUGCCAACAAGUUCAGUAGCGCUGUACAACAGGUGGGCAAACAGACAUGUAGUUGUAACCAGACAAGUUUGACGCACUGGAACAGAGGGAUUGAGGGCCCUGCUCAAUGAGCUUAUAUGCUAGAGGGAGUGGGGUAAUGUGACACAAAAGGUAAAGGUAGGGUAGAAAAGUAGGAUACUAGGAUAGUGUUCAUUGAGGGCUUAGUGAUUUGUUUUUUAUGAUUGUGCCAUCCUGUUAUAACCUACAGUUUAAUAUGAAACCCAUAAGAAAUAAAAGAAAUGUGUUUUGCCUGCUCACUCAUGUUUUUUUGGUACAUAUAUUACCAAUUCUCCAAGGGUAUUCAAACCUUUGGGCACAAUUGUACAUUCUAUAUAAAUAUAGCACAUACAUUCUAUGCACAUGCAGCUGAACAUGUAUGUGGUUAUGGUGCUUGGAGUGCUCCUUUAAAUAUCUAAGUACAUGCAGCAUUUUAUACUGAAACCUUGAACAUACAUUGAACUUGCACCAUGACCACUUAAAAACACUGACGUAAACACUUGUAGUAGCUUUUUCACUGAUUUCUUUAUUUCUGACAAAAUGUACAGUCUCACAUUUAUUAUAAUGAUGUUUCUCUUGCAGAGAUCCCGAGGGUAAGUUUAGAGCCCAGGAAUUACUAACAUCACUAGGGUUUGUUCCAACUGAUCAGGAUUGUGAUUGGAUGAAGCGUGUGUGCGACGCAGUGUUUUGCCGCUCUGCCUCACUAUGUGGAGCUGGCCUGGCUGCAGUUAUCGAACAUAUACAGAAAAAACAUCCCAGAACAAAGCAAAAGGUCACAGUGGGAGUUGAUGGAUUAUUAUACAAGACUUUUCCAAAGUAA